AUGAAUACAACUGGAAAUUGUUCUCAUUGUACUUUUAUUUCAAUAUUUCCAAUUUUACGAGGAAGUAAAUAUAAAUGUAAAGCAAAGACUAUAAAAGAGAAUUUCGAAGAUAGAAUAUCUGAUGAAUUUAAUUUCAAUAGCAACCUUGAACCAAUAUUAUAUAAUGGAUUGAAUCAUUUUAACACAAGUGUUAUUAAUUUGACUGUAGUCUCCCAAAGUGAUAUUAAUGUUUUUUUUGAGUUAAUAUGUAUCGUUGAUGAUAAUAAUAGAACAUAUCCUUGUUCGAAUUCAACAGUAACAACAUAUUAUUGUACGAUAUUUUUAGAUUUCGUUGGGAUUCUUGAAUGUAAUUAG